GACGGACUGACGCGCAGGCAGCACCGCUCCCCUUACCCACCUACCCAUCUCCCCGGGACCCUGAAGGUAGAGCCGCGUCGGUGAGCCAUGGGGUUCCGCAAGAAGAACAAGAGCCCGCCGGUGCUGAGCCACGAGUUCGUGAUCCAGAACCACGCCGACAUGGUGUCCUGUCUGGCCAUGAUCAUCCUGCUCGGCCUGAUGUUCGAGGUCACAGCGAAGUUUGCCAUCAUGUUCAUCACAGUUCAGUACAACGUAACACAAGUUCUCGAUGAGAAGAGUGAUCCAGUGAACUUCUACCAGUACGGUCCCAAAGAUGUGGCCACCGUGUUCUUCUACCUGCUCAUCGCGGUCAUCCUUCACGCCUUGAUACAGGAGUACAUUCUCGACAAAAUGAACAGAAGGCUGCACCUGUCGAAGACCAAGCACAGCAAGUUCAACGAGUCCGGACAGCUCGCAGCGUUCUACCUGUUCUCCUUCAUCUGGGGCUGCAGCAUCCUGACGGCGGAGGACUUUGCAACGAAUCCUACGUUCUUAUGGGAGGAUUACCCACACACCCACAUGGUUUUUCAGGUCAAGUUCUUCUACAUUUGCCAAAUUGCCUAUUGGCUCCAUGCACUUCCUGAGCUGUACUUUCAAAAAGUCAGAAAGGAAGACAUUCCCCGCCAGCUCUAUUACAUCUGCCUUUAUGUUGUCCACAUCAGUGGUGCCUACAUCUUAAACCUCCACCGACUGGGCCUGGUGCUGCUGGUCCCUCACUACCUGGUGGAGCUGCUGUUCCAUGCUUCACGCCUCUUCUACUUCAGUGAUGAGAACAAGCAGAAAGGUUUCACCCUGUGGGCUCUACUCUUUGUCAUCGCCCGCCUCCUCACCCUCACACUCUCAGUCCUGACGUUUGGCUUCGGGCUGCCUCGUACUGAAAACCAGGGCUUUUCUCUGGCGGAAGGAAACUUCAAUGUGCUCACUAUAAGGAUGACUUGUCUGGCAGCUAUCUGCCUGACACAGGCCUGGAUGAUGUGGAAAUUCAUUAACUUCCAGUUGAAGAAGUGGAGGGAGCACAGCCAGAACCAGGCGUCGAAGAAGAAGACGACCACGACGACGGUCAGCCCGAAGAGCAAGCCCCACAAGAGGGAACCAACAAGGGGAGGCGCAGCUAAUGGGGUUGUGAAGUCCGAGGAUAAAACAUCACCACGGGCAAGAAAAGCCAAAGCGUCAUAGAGAAGGAGGAAGAACCCAAGUUACAACCGAGUGAGGGAGUUCUGACAGUGUGACAUUGUUAUAUGUCUUAACACAACUUCACAUUUUGUCUACUGCUCUCCAAAACAAAUGUUUCAGCGCACUAAGAAACCUUACCUGUCCCUUUUGGGGUUGAAACUCCCCCUUUUGGAAAAAAAAAUAAGUUCAGUGUUACUGUGUCUGCUUGAAAACGGUUCUGAUUCCUUUGGGUUCUCUGCAGAGGGGCAGAGUUGGUUUUGAUGCUUUAACAGGAAAGAUUUAGGUGUUCAAAGUGUCCUUCGUGUAAAACUACGAUCACUCGUCGGGUAUUUUCAAAUAGGGAGUUGCUCUGCGGUAAUUUGACGUUGCAUCAGUUAAUAUCACGGUACCUUAGAAAGAUAAAUAUUUGACUUCAGGGCAACUCAGCAAAGUGUUGAUGUACAGGUCGACUGUGCGAGGUGUCAUUUUUCAGUUUGGACCUUAUUCAGCUCAACUCACAAAGCAGGCCACUGGUUCAUGUCCCCAAAAUAAAGCUGUUUCUCACUCUGCAGGACGGCACCGAGAUGUUCGGCUGCUUUCAGGAAAUGAUCCUAAAUCAGUCGCUCCACGGGAAGAUUUGUGCUAUUUAGCUAUUUGAUAUGGCUGCAGCCAGAAAACUGAAGCUUUUAUUUAACUCCUUGAUCAUAUACUGCCAUUAUUCAACAGCCUCUGCCUUUGAAAUCCGACACGCUACCGGAUUGAGGCGCUUUGGUAUUUUCAUUGCUUUCAUCACCGGCCUGGUAACCAGCCUCUUCCAGGGGUUCAUCCAGGUGGGGAGACCCACUGAGAGGAAGCUGCACUGUAACCUGUGACGCUGUACUGUCCACACAAACCUUCAUAUCAGCAUGACUGGAGACUUGAGCUACAGGCUGUAUUGAGGCUGCACUUCAGUCUUUUAUAUGGUAAUGUCCAUGCAUGAUGGUUUUAAGGCUAAAAGACGUUGAUGUCUAGUUCCUACCUGUGCUGUUGUGUUUGCAUCUCUCUCUCACACACACUCAAACACCCACAAACCCACAUAUAUAUAUAUAUAUAUAUAAAGCUAUAUAUAUAAACACACAAGCAUUCAGUGGCCUUUUUACAACUGCUGCAAGAGGUUUGAGUUAUUUAUUUUUGUCAUAUACAACUGAUAGUUAUUAUUUUCUAUGCUUUGAGAAGCUAUAACCAGCAAACACAGCGGUACAUAGCAACUGCGUUCAGUUAAUCCAAACAGUACAAUCUUUCUUAAAGUGUCCUUAUAACGUCGGUGGUUUGUAUCACUCGUUCUGCUUGUGUUGCAUUCUGUUUGCCUUCUGUUUUUUAUUCUUGGGUAUCAGGGGACAAGCUAUCCGCCACUUAAACUAUAAGUUACAUCCCAUAUUGCAAUGGGAGGUGUGUUUGUGAGGGAUUGUGCUUGAAUGUGUGUGUAUGUGUACUGUGUACAGUAUUGUUUUCGCCCACUGUGUGUGUGUGUGCGUGUGUUGGUAAAUUAACUGGGCCUGAAUGAUGAUGACAACGAUGUUUAUUGCUUGUCUCGUAAAAAAGCUAAAUUAUUGCCUGUGUGCAGAGCAUGGAUUGUGACAAUCUCUUCAUUGACUCCUGCCCUGUUGGUUGUAUUUCACAGUCACAUCCUGUCCUUUAGUUCACUUUCAUCGGGCCCCGUCCCGAAAAGCUUCUAUGUGUAAAGCACUGAGUUGUGGAUUGGUGUAUGUUCUAUAGAAUAUCAGUUACUUAAUGCUUCUGUGUUCUGUCUCUGCCCCUCAGAUGCCCUUUCCUGUGCGAGAGAGAUUUAGUGAUUUUUGUUUUGCCAAAUGUGGCAUGUUCUGUCCCUCCUGCUUCGCCUUUUCAAUGAUCCUGACAUUUGCCAUGACAGAGCACACGUAUUGUACUGUCGGUCGCACUCUUUCCUGUCAUGGACCAAGUCCCGCGCCACUAACAAACCACUGUGCAUGUGAAGCUCUGUAUAGAGACGUCUGUACUGCCUGUCUGCAGUCGGCUUGGAGCUUGAGUCCAGAGCAGGGAGGAGAUUCAUAUGCCGUCCAUGUUUGCUCCCUUUAGUGCUCCUUGGUGGGACUCUGGUCUUUUAAAGCCCUGUGUCUGUGUGCGGCGGUGUCAUAGGAGGGAAGGGGGAGCAGAGGACUUAUGUACCAGCCUGUUAUUGAACUGUCUCAGAUGUAAAAGAGAAAAAAAAAGAAAAAGACUUAACCCAACACUGUACUAAAAAUAUGUGUCAGAUUUUUAAGCUAUUUUUUAUAGAGGGGGGAACAGUUGAAAAUCACUGUUGUUCAGUACACACGUCUGAAUAUAUUUGUUUCGCAUCCAUAUUGAUAUGAAUUGUUUUUUUUUAUAUAUAAGAAUGAAGCUUGCUGAUAUGUUAAUGUGGGUAGACAUUGUGGUAUGAGUGUAAAAAAAUCAUUUGACUCAUGGCCUUAUUAGAGCAAAGUGAACUGGGUUGUAUAACAGUGCUCAGUUAACACAGUGCUGCAGGUGAACACUGCAGCCGCCACCACUCCAUGUUUCCUUAAAGCGAGACGCAUCCUCAUAAUGACACGAAAUACGACCAGAGGCGAGUUGGUCAGUAGACGUGUGAUUAUAUAGAUAUAUAUUUCUCAGUUCCUGUGAUCACGGGGUACCGGAUGUAGAACCAACCAACGUCUGUAAGCUUCUCUCGCUCAUCAGAUGUACAACAAUCAGCAGAUGUUCGGAAUCUGAAACAUGAGCCGCGCUGCAGUUCACACCCUCCUCGCUUCAAAACACAAUGAGCCUGAAUAAUCCCACAGGAAUGCACUUUUUAUUUUUUGUGCACAAUAUGCAUUUUGUCAGAGCAACAUAACUCUGCUCACUACCGGCCGUUGCUGCAUCGAUAUUCUGCGAUUUGGAAACUGCUCGAUUAAAACUCUGUGAAUAAUGCAAUUGUUGGGGAAUCCUAUUUUAAAAAGGAACCUCUGGGUGGCAACAAUCAUGAAUGCACUCGAAUGCAUGAUCACUUAAACAAAAGACAGAGACUCACGUUUAUUGUAUUGGAUUAAUUCAUUCUGCACUGUCCUUGAUUUGUUUUCAUACCGCUGCUUGUCCGUAGAUGUUGCAAUAUAUAUUUCGUUUUUUGGAUCUGUUGUCUCUGAACUGCUCUGAUGGUAUUAUAUUUAUGCAAAUUUCUUGUUAGCUCUGAUCAUUUUCUGUCACUAUUUUUUUAUUUCAAGUUUGAAUAAAGCUUUUGAUCAUUACACAAA